AGCCAUGAGUACGGUAGUUGUUAACUUUUCUCUGUUCAACAGUUAAGUUUCGGAAGGUUGUGCUUGCCUUUGUUAAAAUCGCGCAGUUACUUCUCAGUGACACAUUUCCUUUAGUAUGUGAAUACGCGACAGUAUGUGUCCUAUUUAUGCACGUUAACUCGUCUACUUUAAAAGAAUUCAGCUGAAGGAACCGGAAAGUGUUGGGUAGGUCAAAUAGUCCAAACAGGGCACAAAGAAGAAGAAUCAGAUCAGAUGUCGUCCUCCGUGACUCCUUCUGUCCUCUUAAAUACUGGGGUUAAGAUGCCCCUCCUGGGUUUGGGGACCUACAAGUUGUUGGCUCCUGAAGAAGUGUACCAGGCAGUGGACGCAGCGCUGGCUGCAGGUUAUCGGGCGUUUGACAGUGCAGCUGUCUACCGGAAUGAAGCUGACUUGGGUCGAUCCCUGAAGGAGCUCCUGCCCAAACAUGGCUUAACCAGAGAGGAUGUAUUCAUAACCAGUAAACUGGGCCCCAAGGAUCAGGGUGAGAGGGCCAUGGAAGGAGCCCUCCACAGCCUAUCUCAGUUGGACUUGGGUUACAUUGACCUCUACCUGAUCCACUGGCCUGGCACACAGGGUCUGUUAGUGUCUGACCAACGCAACCCAGGCAAUCGAGCUCAGAGUUGGGCCUCACUGGAGGAGCUGCAUGCUCAGGGGAAGCUGAGGGCUAUAGGGGUGUCCAACUACACAGCAGCACACAUGAGAGAACUGAUGCAGAGCUGCAAAAUCCCUCCUGCAUUGCUACAGGUAGAGUUUCACCCACAGCUGUGUCAGAGAGACCUGAGGAGUGUGUGUGAGGAGUAUGGAGUGUGUUUUCAAGCCUAUUCCUCCUUAGGGAAAGGAGAGCUGGUCACUGACCCAGUAGUCAUGGAGGUGGCAAACAACUGUGGACGCACACCUGCACAGGUCCUGUUGCGCUGGGCUGUGCAGCAGGGCAUCCCGGUGCUUCCCAAGUCCUCAAAUCCAGACAGAAUAAAGGACAAUGCCAGAAUUUUUGACUUUACACUUAGUGACAUAGACAUGGACAGAUUGUCAGCUUUGGACUGUGGACAUAAGUACUGCUGGGAUCCAUCAGAAGUGGCUUGAUGGAGCACUCGUGGAACAAACGCUGAUGCCUCUUUAAUGAGUGCUGCUGUGGCUCUGACUGGCAAUAAGGUAGCGAUGGGAAACCUCUACGAGAAAAAGUGGGAGAUUAAAUUGGAGAUUAAACAUAGAGCGCAGUAAAUUAAUUUUUUCUGGGUUGCCAGAGAAUUGUAUGAGAAUAAUGGAUUAAGGGUUUGGAAGAUAUGAGAGUUCUAAGUAAUAUUUUGGAAAACGCUGGCCAAUAAGUUGUCCUGCUGAUUGGUACCCAUACGCCAUUGAAGACAGAACUUUUUUUUCAGUUGUGUCAUUGUAAAAGCAGUUCCAUACUCUUUGUUGCCCUGUACUCUUCUUAAAACAUAGUCUUACAAAAUGAUCUUAUGGCUUUUGUGUUGUAACCAUCCCAUUAUAAUUGUAUACAAAUUAAAAUGCCCACUUUAAAACCGCU